AAUAAUAAUAAUAAAAAAAGCGUUGAUUUGACGCCACCAUAGGCGGCAGUUGGUAUCUAUAGUAAAACCCUUGUUGGUUAUCGUUGAACGGGAAAUGGACCCUAACGACCUAGCGAAGGCAUUUGUGGAGCACUACUACUCCACCUUCGAUAGCAACAGGGCUGCGCUUGGAAAUCUGUACCAAGAAGGUUCCAUGUUGACAUUUGAAGGCAUUAAAACUCAAGGUUCACAAAAUAUUGUCGCUAAACUUACUAGCCUUCCCUUUCAGCAGUGUCAUCAUACCAUCACUACCAUUGAUUGUCAGCAUUCUGGUCCUGCUGGUGGCAUGAUUGUUGUCGUCUCCGGUAAUCUCCAGCUAGCCGGCGAACAGCAUGCUCUUAAGUUUGGCCAGAUGUUUCAUCUGAUGCCAACGCCACAAGGAAGCUUCUACGUCUUCAAUGACAUUUUCCGGUUGAAUUAUGGCUGAUAUGCACGAGACGAGUGCAACUCAUGUUAAUUUGUUCUGUCUUAUUCAAGUUUGAGACUUUUGGAUGAAAUUCAAGUUUCUUGAAAUGGUGCUAUUGUGCCUCUCCUAUAUAUACUUGUUUUAGAAAAUGCCAUGGUUUAAUGUUUUAGAGUUGCUCAAAUUUCUGGUCUGUUGAUGUUUUACUCAUUGGAGAAUUGACUUUUUGAUCAAAAUAUGAGUGUCGUUGGUUUGUUAAGUUUA